AUUCUCUUUUCUUUUCUUUUCUUUUCUUUUCUUUUCUUUCACUUCACUUCUUUCCAUUUCCAUUUUCUUUUUCUCUUCCUUUCUCUUUCCAUUUCAUUUCAUUUCCUGUUUCAUCUUUUUCUCACUCACCUCAUUUAAAUUGUUCAAAAUGUUCAAAAAAAUUUCAAACAACAACAACAGCAACUUGAACAACUUUAACAACUUGAAUAAUUUAAGUGAUCCCAACAAAAUGGUCUUCAACAACGACCAAAAGCUAUCAAAAACAUCAAAAACAUCAAAAUUAAAAUCAAAAUUAUCCUCCUCUUUUCUAAACCUCUCAAACUCUCUAAACAGCUUCAACAACUACCACCACUACAACCACAACAUCUACAAAAAUCUAAACCACUCCUCUCACAUCACUCGCUCUACUACUACUGCUUAUGCAAAGCGAACCAUAAAAUAUACAUCAAAUCCCAUAAAUAAUAAUAAUCAACCCCAUUCUUUCACUCAUUCUCAUGAUAAAAACUUUUUCAAUGAUUUUGUUGUGAUUAAUCACUCCGAUGGACCAACCGGCUCCACCUCUAAAAAUAACAAUAAUAAUAAUAACAAUCUCAUAAACGAUCCCAUAAACGAUCCCAUAAACGAUCCAAUAAAUAAUCCAAUAAAUAAUCCCAUACACAAUCCCAUAAAUAAUCCCAUAAAUAAUAUACAUAACAUAUCAAGUAAUAAUAUACUCAAAUCUCAUGAAUCUACUUCUGAAUCUCAUUCUCAUUCUUCCUCUCACUCUCACUCUCACUCUCACACCACUUCUACUCAUUUUAAUCCUAUGCUUAUCCAUACUUCUUCUCCAUCGAAACCUUUCUCUCUAGACCCUUUAUCUCACCCAAUUCCUCUAAGACUACUACCUUCAUCUAAUUCUCCAAACAGCAACCACGACUUAGACAUCAACAUCAACAUCAAAUCUGACUUAUCAAACACUGACGAUUCAACAAGCGACCAGAGUAACCAAAGUAACCAAAGUAAUCAAAGUAAUCAAAGUAACCAAAGCAAUAUUCCAACAAACACCAUAACAAUCGACACUGCAAUCACUUCUCCUGCAAACUCAACUGACUCCCUACUCAACCUAUCCCUCCCACCUUCCUACAACCACACCAUCAACCUAAACAUCCCCCAAUUUAACCUUCUCGACAACAACCAUCCCUCUCUUUUCUACAAAUCAAACCAACAACUAGACCUCCUACUAGACCAAAAUGAACACUUGAACAUAAUCAACAACAAAAUCAACCCUCCCCCUUACAUCCCAAGUCUAUACAAACUAAAUAUAGUCCUAAUCAAAUUCGAAAAAAACCCUCUAAACGACCUUCUAAAUGACGACAACAUCAUUCACAACAUCAACGAUCUAAACUACUGGCAAUUGGUCAUAAUGGAACUCAACUCAACCCAAUUGAACUUCUACAAGCUAAAUCUAAAUGAUUUCGAUCCCUCAGAUCUAAAUUCCUACGACGAAUACUCAAAAAUCAAAGAAAUCAAAUCUGAUAACGAUUUCAUCAAUUCAAAUUCAAAUUCAAAUUCAAAUUCAAAUUCAAAAAACUCUCCCUCCUCCAAAAAUUCAAUUUGGAAUAACAAACAACACUUUAAAAACUUUACUGGCGUUAACCUAUUUCACGCCAUAAAUAACGAAAAUGGUAUCAUCCCUCUAGGCUCUGCUACACAAUUCUCCCUCAAUUUCAAUAAAUCCUCAAAAAAAAUCCUAUCUCCUCCAAACAACUUUUACUCAAAAUUAAACAACUCAACCUCAAAUUUAAGAUCAAAAUUCAAACUACUAAACUCCUCUUUCAACUCUUCAACAAACAUACUAAAAAUAAACAACAAAUCAAGGAAAAACAGCUCUGCAAGCCUAAAUUUUAAUAACUUGGUCAACAACCUAAACACCUACAAAAUGUUAAAAAAAGUCAUAUCAAACCCUUCCUACUUUAUGGCCCAUGAUAAACUAGUCAAAUCCUUAUCCCUACAAUUCGGCAAAAUCGGCCUAGUUAAUGACUUUAAAUCAACUCGAAAAGAACACGAAUUUAUCACUAAACUAUUCGGUAACAUCAACUCUUACACUAUAUCAACAAAAAACAAUCUAAGUGUCUUCAACAUGAUCAGACUUCGUUUGGAAAUUUUCCAAAUCUUAAUCAAUUUCAAACAUCUAAAUGAACUCAUCUCCUGGUUCAAUUUAAUCAUCAACGGUAUUGACAUCUCCUCAGACUUAUCAAUAAGAGAAAUGCCCAAGUUUAAUAACGUCCCCAGAAGAAGAAGGAGAGUUCGCCAAUCAAAAAAAAAUAACCCCUUUGCUGUUGCCGAAAAAAUUAUCAAUAUCACAAGAUCAAGAAGAAAUACAACAAAUUCAAUUGCAAGAUCCGUUAACCAAAUAACUGCUCCUUCAGAAAAUCACUUUAAUAUCUCUCAGGCUUAUAAUCAAGCUACAAGAUCCUUUGUAAGUUUGGCAAGUGCUCAAAAUAAUUUCCAACAAAAUCAAAAUCAAAAUCAAAGUCAAAACUCAAACGGAAUUUACUCUGCUUCCUCACAAAGAAAUCAUUCAACUUUAUUCAAUUUUUUUGGUUCAGAGUUUUCUAACAAUACAAUUUCAUCUUCAAAUCUAAAUUUGAGUCCCAAUGCAAACCCUUAUUCAAACCCAUCUAAAUUUAAAACCGCUUCUUUUUCAAAUCUUUUCAAACUCCAUUCAAAAAUUAGUUCAAGCAAUUUGAAUCCUAGAAAAUUAUCCGUUACUCAAAAUGCAUACAUCACUCCCACCAGCCCUAUUGACCCCAUCGAUCCCAUCGACUCAUACAAUGCCACAUCACCAACAAAAGAGGAAAAACAAAACACUAAAGGAAAGUUUGAGAAAACUCAAAAUAAAAUCGUAAACUCUAAUCAUCUAGAACCUCCCAAUUUUGAUACUUAUCAGAACAAAGAGUUAACAAAAUCAAACUUAUCGCUAAAGCUAGUUAAUAUUCAAUCUAAUGAUGCCACAAUCGUCCAUAAUGACAAUGACGAAACACUUGACGAUAAGACCAAUUGUUUAAGUGAUGGUUGUAAUAAUAUGCAUUUAUCUAAAGAAUUUCCUUUUGUUUUGAAUUCCACCAAUACAAGUGAUCACUCUGACAAUUCCAUUAAUGCCAAUUUUGAAAAAAACCACACUUCUACUUCAAAAAAUAAAUCCUCAAUUGAUACUAAAAUUCAAGAGACUCACAGCACUGAUAAUCUAAACAGUUUCUUUUCUUAUUCCAUACCUUCGCCUAUCAAGGAAAAAACAGAAGCAUAUCUGAUGAUGCCUCUAGUACAGCCACCAGCUAGAGUUGAUUUGUUUGGCGAAAGCUUUCUUAACAUCAACUCUUUUCCCGAUAACGAAGACAGUCGGUUUAGAUCAGAUUCGGCUACAUCUGGAGCAGAGUCUAUUCAUUCUAACAAUUCUCACAUCAGCUCAUUUGAGAGAAUUUUAAGUUCGAUUGAAGGCGAAUCUCAAGAAAAAUAUCAAGUUCACAAUAGGAAAUUUUCCUUGGAAGAAUCAAUACUUGAAGCUAGCAACAGUAACAUGUCAGUCUCUGGAUUAAAUAAAACAGUUGUUUUAUCCUCAGACAAAAAUAAUGAAACUUUGCAGUUUUCUUCAAGCAAUCAUACAGAUUUUUUCUCUCUUGAAAAUGCAAACCUAAAUUCAAAUUUAAAUUUAAAUUCAAGUUCUAAUGCAAAUACAAAUAGAGCUCUGUAUGAUCAUGAAAGCCAAGAGGAAGAGGAUGAAAGAGAUGAUAUUGAAGAAGUGGAAGGCUAUGCCGAAGAAGAUGACGAUGAUGAAUUUAAUGAUUUCAUCUUUAAUAUUGCCGACAGUUAUGACAACACUGAUGAAGAAAAAUGGUCACCUAUUGAUCAUUUACCAUCUAAAAAAAGAGUUGUUAAGGAUGCUUUGAAAAGUAUGAGUUUUUUGAGAGCUAACGAUUCAUGGCUUAAUGCUCGACUUGUUAAGGAAGUUUCUGGUCCUCCUAAACAUGCGCUUAUUAAUAGUGCAUAUCACAGAAGAAUUAAACCUUAUAAUAAUACUUCUCAAAUACUCGAAUCAAAAUCCAAUAAAGAAAACAGUGCAUUCAACAGAAAUUUCAACGAUUACUUUGUGGGGUCUUAUGGCUUGAUACCAAUAUAGAAAUGGUCUAUUUUGAUACUAAUAGUACUGGUAACUAUUAAAGCACUUUGCAUGAACCUUUAGCAUUUAC